CCGUGACCUCCAGGUUCCUAGUUGGACGCUCAGCCACUGAGCGAUGCUGGCCGGGCCGGAGGCCUCUCUGGCUAAGCCCGUCUCCCUGGCUGAUUGCAGGCGGCCCUGGCAGCCAGCUCGGAACUGGGUGACCCCAACCAGAAUGCAGCCCGGAGCCCCUCCAGCGACCUCUGUGAGGCUGGCCACUACGUCAGCGCGGACUGCACCAUGGACCCGGCCGUAAGGUGCUGUCCGUGCCCCCCUGGCUCCUUCCUGGCCCACCCCAACAGGGCACAGUCCUGCAUGCCGUGCACCCAGUGCCGGGAAGACCAGGAGAUGGUGAGUGACUGCACCCCGAAACGGAACCGGCAGUGCCAGUGCAAGACCGGGGAGUUCUACUGUGACUCUGAGCACUGCCUGGAGGGCUGCCACCCCUGCACCAGGUGCCCCGAGGGGAAGGUCGUCCUGCAGACGUGCAACGCCACGGCGGACACCCUGUGCGGCCUGCCCGGCCCAGGGCCAGGGAGGCGACACCGGUUCUGGUGGAUGGCGGGCUGGCUCUUUGCCGCGGUGGUCGGGGCCCUCGUCAUUCUCUGCGUCAGGAAACCCGGAGACGGAGGCGGCCGGGCGGCCUGCUGCUGUCCCCGUGCAGGACCUGUCUCCACAGGACGCCCUUACAGAAGAGACAGCCUGGAGAGCUCAGUGGCCUUGGUGUCAUCACCUGAGACCCGAGAUGCAGACGCUCCGGUCCCCACGACGGGGGCCCUCCACCUGCCUGAAGACCGCCUGGACGAGGCGUCUGAGCCCCCGAUCCUGCCCGGGACCCCGGAGAGCCCGGCGGGAGGCGGCCAGCGGCCGGAGGCGGAGGCAGGUGACGAGGCCGGGCCCCAGGCUGGUCACCACGACCUGACCCUUCUUCACCCCCCGCCUGAGGGAUCUUGUGGACACAAAGGGGCCACCUGCUGCCGCUGA